AUGCCGCACUCUUCACCUGCAUCGAGAAAGAGAGAUAUCGUGAGAGCCUUUGUGAGGGGAAGAGAAAGAAAAGUUGAGAAGAAGAGACAAGAGUCUCGUGUAAGAGAAAGGGAGAAAAACCAGAGAAGGAAGAGAGAGGAAGGAGACCGUGAAGAAGUGGAGAGAGAGAGAGAGAGACGUACCGACGACACCAACGACGUCACCAUCUUCAUCACCGAUCUACCACAGUCCGAGAAGUCACCCGUCGUCCUUGAGUCUCACCGUCGGUCCCAAGUUAUCUCAACUCCACCUUUAGAGCUGCUGUUGCAUAUAGUGGAAGUUACGUUGUCGUUGUCUCCCGUAGGAUUGGUACCUCCACGUCAUCUUGAGCCAUCGUGUCUUGUGUUGUCUGUGCUCCAUCUUCACGUCGUUCCGUUCCAUCAUCGUUACAUCACAGUAGCCAUCAUCGUUGGAGCUCGUCACCACCGUUACUUCAUCGUCAUCAUCCGUCUUACGUCAUAUGUAAGUGCUAUCAAUUGA